CACCCCCCCGACCCUCCAGGACCGAGCGCGGGUCGCCUGCUCGCGUCCCUGCGGCCCAGGUCCCGGUGUCCGGGCCGAGGAGGCGCUCGCGGGCGGGGUCCCCGCGUCUGAGCGCCGGCGUGACGGGGUGCGGGAACGAACGGGCUGCAGGGGGCCUGCGCCACCAGCGGGGCACGGCAGGUCUCGGUUGUUUCAGCGACGCACGGUGCAGCGGCGCCCGUGAGGCCUGUCACCUGGCUGCCUGAGCAGUCCAUCCGUGCUGGCGGUGUGCCAGGCGGUGUAACCCAGGUGUAAAUAGAUAGGCCCAAUCUGGCUGCGGAGAGGACAGAUUGCAGGGGUGGGGGGCAGAGGGGGCAGGGAGCGCAGGAGGGGGUGCCUGCGCCAGUGUGUGUCAUCGUUGACGGGCCAGAACGGUCACCGUGGAUGUCCGAGAAGCGGUUGAAUUUUGGCCCCGGGUUCGAGAAGGGCCAAGGCAAAUUUGGGGUGUUGCAGGUGACAGGAGAAAGGGAGGGGUCCCGGAAUGCCUGGGGGCUUUGGUCCUUUGAAGUAUAAUCUGCCAGUUAUUUGACGGGCAAAACUGAGUUUCUUCGAGAACGAAAGAGCACCGCAGUCUGGAACAAGCAAGCUGAGGCUCAACGGUAGGCCAGUCUGCAGGACACGAGAGAGGGCACAUUCGGGGAGACUCCACGGGAAUUUCCAGGCAGAAAGGAUGGCGCUUGGGGGGCCAAACCCAGAUUGGCCCCCGCAGAUUGCAUCUACGCACCCCCUGCCUGUUAUUGCUGAGGACCGAGCACAGUGAUUGGUGGGAUGGUGAGGAGACGGUGGCAUUAAUGACACCAGGACCUGGUAUUUAUUCUGAGGGUGGUGUGACCUUUGAGGACAUUGCCAUCUACUUCUCCUGGAAGGAAUGGAGACUUCUUGAUGAGGCUCAGAGACGGCUGUACUAUGACGUGAUGCUGGAGAACUUUACACUUAUAUCCUCCCUGGGUUGCUGCUGUGGAGCAGAAGAUGCGGAGGCACCCCUUGAACAGAGCGUUUCUGUAGGUGUGUCACAGGCCGGCACGCCCAAGGCAGCUCUGUCUUCCCGGAAGACCCACCCCUGUGAGAUGUGUGGUCCGGUCUUGAGAGAUGUUUUCCGCCUGGGUGAGCACCAGGGAAAACCAAGCAGCAAGAAACUGUUGAGGUGUGGGGCAUGUGGAAAACGAUUUUACUUCAGCGUAAACUUUCAUCAGCAGCCGGACCAGCAUACGGGAGAGAAACCAUUCAGAAGUAGUGUGGACACGGCCUCUUUUGUGAAGGAAUAUGGAUUCCAUGAUUUAGAAAAGCGCUUUACAUGUAUAGAGGUUCAGAAGGAUUUCAUGCCUGGCUCAGGGCAUCUGCAGCAAGAGGCCACUCAUACUGGAGAAAAGCCAAACACAAUCAGCCAGCGCAGGGAAACUUUACAGAGUAGUGAAGGUCAUUACACUUGGGGAGAAUGCAAGGAAGCCUUUGGUCCCGAGCAUACACCUGUUCAGGAUCAGGGUAUGCAGCCUGGACGACCGUGUUUUGUGUGCAGUGAAUGUGGGAAAACAUUCAGGUACAAAUCUUUAUUGACUAUCCACCAGAGAUUCCAUGCUGCAGAAGGACAUCAUGAGUUUGGCAAAGGUAGAAAAUCCAUUAGGCAAAGGUCUGUCCUUAGUCAAAAUGGAAAGGCUCACACUGGGUCCAGGCAGUACACCUGCAGCAAAUGUGGGAAAUCCAUAAGCCACAAAUCUGUGCUCAUUCAUCCCCAGAGAGGGCACAGUGGAGAAAAUGUUUAUGUUUGCAGUGGAUGUUCAAAAUCUUUUAGCCAUAGUUCAGUUUUAAUUAGUCACAGGGUUCAACCUAGAAAAAGGCCUUAUAAGUGUGGUGACUGUGGAAAAUGUUUUACCUCUAUGUCUAUUCUCAGUUAUCAUCAGAGAACUCACAGAGGGGAAAAACCUUAUCAGUGCAUGGAAUGUGGGAAGUCUUAUAUCUCCAGUACUGGCCUCCGUUAUCAUCGCAGGGUUCACACUAGAGAAAGGCCUUAUAAGUGUCAUGAAUGUGGCAAAUCUUUUUUCUCUACUUCUGACCUCCAUUAUCAUCACAGAGGUCACAGUACAGAAAAGCCUUAUCAGUGCAAUAUAUGUGGCAAGUCCUUUCUCCGAAGAAACGUCCUCAAUGCACACAUAAAGAUUCACUCAAGUGAAAGGCCUUAUAAGUGUAAUGAAUGUGGGAAAUCUUUUAAGUGUAAGGCGACAUUCAUUAAACACCAGAGAGUUCACACAGGAGAAAGACCUUAUGAAUGCAGUGAUUGUGGAAAAUCAUUUAGUACAAGUUCUGUCCUUCGUUCUCACCAGAGAAUUCACACUGGGGAAAGGCCUUAUGAAUGUAGGGAAUGUGGGAAAUCUUUUACCACUAGUUUUGUCCUCCAUAAUCACCAGAGAGUUCACACUGGAGAGAGGCCUUAUGAAUGCAGUGAAUGUGGCAAAUCUUUUACUGCUAGUUCUGCCCUCCACUAUCACCAGAGAGUUCACACUGGAGAGAAGCCUUAUGAGUGUAGUGAAUGUGGCAAAUCUUUUACCACUAGUUCUGCCCUUCAGUGUCAUCAGAGAGUUCACACUGGAGAAAGGCCUUAUGAGUGCAGUGAAUGUGGGAAAUCUUUUACCACUAGUUCUGUCCUCCAUGAACACCGGAGAGUUCACACUGGAGAAAGGCCUUAUGAGUGCAGUAAAUGUGGGAAAUCAUUUACUGCUACUUCUGCCCUCCGUUACCACCAGAGAGUUCACACUACAGAGAGGCCUUACGAGUGCAGUGAAUGUGGCAAAUCUUUUUUCUCUGGGUCUGAUCUCCAGUGUCACCAGAGACUUCACACUGGAGAAAGGCCUUAUAAAUGCACUGAGUGUGGCAAAUCCUUUCUCCGAAGAAAUAGCCUCAAUGUACACAUAAAACUUCACUCAGGUGAAAGGCCUUAUAAAUGUAAUGAAUGUGGGAAAUCUCUGAACUAUAAGUCGACAUUCAUUCAACACCAGAGAAUUCACACAGGAGAAAAGCCUUACCUAUGCAAUGAAUGUGGAAUGUCUUUUAGUCAUAGUCGUGCCCUACGGAUUCAUCGUCACUGUCACCUUGAAAGAAGUCCUUAUGAGUGUAGUCAGUGUGGGAAAUCUUUUACUUCUAAUUCUUCCUUCAUGUCACACCAGAGAAUUCACACUGGAGAAAAGCCUUAUGAGUGCAGUGAAUGUGGGAAGGCUUUCACUGCUCGUUCUCUCCUCCGUUCUCACCAGAUUGUUCAUACUGAAGAAAAGCCUUAUGAAUGCAGUGAAUGUGGCAAGUCCUUUCCCCGAAAAACUACGCUCAAUGCACACAUAAAGGUUCACUCAGCUGAACGGCCUUAUAAGUGUAAUGAAUGUGGGAAAUCAUUGAAGUAUAGAUCCACAUUCAUAAAACACCAGAGAAUUCACACAGGAGAAAGGCCUUAUGAGUGCAGUGAAUGUGGAAAGGCUUUUAUCAGUCAUCCAGCUCUUAUUUAUCACCGCAAGAGUGCACACAGGAGAAAGGCCUUAGGAGUGCUCUGAAUCUGGAAAAUCUUUCAGCUAAAUCUCCAGACUUACUCAACAUGAGAAACUACACAGUAAAAAAUGUCUUUAUUGGUGACAUGAUGACCUGAAUGCUCAUGUUCACUAAAAUUUCUAUGUUGAAUACCCAUUCUGAUGGAAUAGUAUUAACAGGUGAUAUCUUUGGGAGGUAUUUCAGUUGAGAAUGGUCAGAAGUGUGGAACACUCAUGAGUGGGGUUAAUAUCAUAAUAUCUCUAAAGCAAGUUUCCUUCCCCUAUCAGUCAUGUGAGGACCCUUGAGAAGGUGAUCUAUAAAUCAGGAAGCUGGUGGACCAGUCACAGAACCAGGCCAUAUGCGGAAUGGUAGGUCAGAUAUACAACCUCCACAACUGGG